CUUGCUUUCUAGCCCACACGAUGGGUAUACUAUUCUCGUUGCCCUUAGCGGGUGUAUUCGGGACGGUCGGUUCCUCAUGUCUUGCGGGGCUGGCCUUCUGCUUCACCUCCACAGCAGCCUCGAUGUUUUGUAAGUCAUGUAAUUGCAAUUCCUCAAUCGCCACCCGUGUUGGCUUUGCGUUCAUUUUCUGCCUGAACUCCAUGUUGGCAUGGCUCAUGAAGUCGCCGCUCAUCUUCGAGCAGUUGGAGAAGAUGAGUUAUGGAUAUCUGAAGAUGGACUGUGAGGGAGACAAGUGCUAUGGCGUUCUCGCGGUACACAGAAUCUGCUUCGCUCUCGCUCUAUUCCAUGCACUGUUGAGCGUGUCUCUUAUUGGAGUCCAAGAUACGAAGGACAAACGUGCGGCAAUCCAGAAUGGCUGGUGGGGUCCGAAGGUUCUCCUCUGGCUCGUCCUCGUCGUCAUUUCCUUCUUCAUACCCAAUGGGUUCUUCAUGUUCUGGGGCAACUACGUCGCCAUGAUCGGCGCGUCAAUCUUCAUCCUCCUCGGCCUCGUCCUCCUCGUCGACUUCGCACACUCCUGGUCCGAGACGUGCCUUGAGAACUGGGAGAACUCCAACUCGAACCUCUGGCAGUGGAUCCUCAUUGGCUCCACUGCAGGCAUGUACGCCGCUUCGAUCGCCAUCACCGGUGUCCUCUAUACCUUCUUUGCUGGAUCUGGCUGCACGCUCAACCGCUUCUUCAUCUCCUUCAAUCUCGCGUUGUGCAUCGUCAUCACGAUCAUGUGCGUCCAUCCAACGGUACAGGAGUACAACCCGCGGUCGGGGCUCGCGCAGUCGAGCAUGGUCGCCGCCUACUGCACGUACCUGAUCAUGUCCGCCGUUGGGAACCACGACCACAACAUGUGCAACCCGCUCAGGCGGGGGAGCGGGACGCAGUACACGACAAUGUUCUUGGGCGCGGUGUUCACGUUCCUCGCAAUUGCGUACUCGACGAGCAGAGCGGCGACGCAGAGCCGGGCGCUGGUCGGGACGGAUAAGAAGGGCUCGAUCUCGCUUCCGACGGAUAUCGAGCACCACUCGGAGAUGGGAGUUGUCAUCAAUACUCAACCGGGGAGGACGGAGCACCCUAGGUACCAAGCACUCCUUGCUGCGGUCGAAGCUGGUGCGAUCCCCGCGUCGGCGCUUGAAGAAGAAUGGCAGGACGAGGACGAGGACGAGACCUCAGGGGACGCUCGAGAUGACGAGCGCACCGGGACCCGCUACAACUACGCAUGGUUCCACGUCAUUUUCGCCAUCGGUGCGAUGUACGUCGCGAUGCUCCUCACCGACUGGAAUGUCGUCAAGGAAGACUCCAAUCCGGAUCACUCUCAGGACGUCACCAUCGGCCGCUCCGAGGUCGCGAUGUGGAUGCGCGUCGUGUCGAGCUGGCUCUGCAUGCUACUAUACAUUUGGAGCCUGCUCGCGCCGGUCCUCAUGCCCGAUAGGUUCGGCGAUUACUAGGCGGUAAGUGUUGUAGCGCGACAUAGACGGACGGACUUCAUGCAUUGGGUGCUGUACGAUUGUAGUGAUGUGCGCCAUGUAAUAAAUCAUGGAGAUUUUAUACCUUGCGUUCGUAGCAGGAUUUCUGAGAAGGCACAAUUGCUUCAAGCUGGCC